AAGAUUUACAAAGAAAUUAACAAUCAAAAGUAAUUAAAAACAUUACUAGUGGUUUUUAUAAUUCAUAAGUAAUAUAUGUGCGUGAAAAUGUAUCCAUAAUUGGUUUGGUACAAUGCACAACAGGUGAAAAUACACUUGCAUAUAUUGAGAAAUUUGCAAAAAAUAGCAUUUUUUAAAGUGAAUUUGUGCAAAAAUUUGUGAACCGAUUUUUAUAAAAUAUGUUUUAAAAUAAAGUUUUAUAAUUUAAGCAUACAUUCGUGUUUAAAAUUAACCGGCGGGAUACUAAACCCAACCCAAAAUUUGAACUUUUUAGACGACAAUAGCUAUUGGAAAACUAUGGAUGAAUUGAAUAAAAGUCUUACAAUUAUCUUAUCGAACCAUCGCAGAAAUUAUCAAAAUGUGCCUAAGUGUUUGGAAUGGAGGACUAAUGUUCUUGACUAUUUAGACGAAGGACGUUACCAACAAAUGCUCCGAGUCUCUAGAGAUCAAUUUGCGUCGCUAUUGUCCUUGAUCAAAGAUAGUGCACAGUUUAACAAUGCUCAAUCCACUAGGCAAUUUUCAGUAGAACUACAGUUAGCUAUAACCUUAUAUCGUUUGGAUUCAUCGGGUGAAAGUGCGGCGAUUCGGAAAGAAGCUACAAUGUUGGGUGUAGGAGACAACUUUUUGUCAACUUUGGAGUUAAAAUCUAGAUAUAUCACUUGGCCUGAUACCAAUGAAAGACAAGAUAUCGUCAAAACAACGUACAAUGAGCUGCCGCAUUGUAUAGGGUAUAUUGAUGGUACAGAAUUGAAACUUGCAGAAGCACCAGUUGUUAACCAUUCGGCUUAUUUUUCAAAAAGCCGAAUCUAUUCCAUAAAGGCACAAGUUGUAUGCGAUUGCCAGUUAAGGAUUCGGCAUGUAGUAGCGGGACACUUUGGUAGUGUACACGAUUCUCGCAUGUUUCGUACUAGUGCUCUCUCCACUCAAGAAGGCUCACUUUUUUCUUCUCAAUGGUUAGCAGGAGAUUCUGCUUAUCCAUUGCUGAGCACUCUUAUCACGCCAUUUCGAACAAAUUCACAACAAAUGGACUAUUCAAAGCGUAAAGCAUUCAACUUGCGUCAUAGCAGAUAUCGCGUGAGGAUAGAACAUUGCUUUGGGAUUCUAAAAGAACGCUUUGGCAGCCUCGAAAGAAUUAAGAAUACGUAUUCAGGAUGAACAAAAUCAUAUUCUAUGUUCCAACUGGAUUAUUGUUUGCUGUAUAUUGCAUAACAUCUUCCGAGCUACUUCUAAUGAUAUUGAUCGAUAAUGAUAACGACGAAGAAUCAGAUGAAUUUCCUUCACAUGAAAAUGGCCGGCGAAUAACUGAGGCAGAAGCCAAGCGCAUAUCUUUGUACACAAUAAUGUUUGGUGUUCAGUAAAACGAUGGCUGGCAGAAAAAAAGCGUUCAGGGUGGACUUUAAAGAAUGAGUUGGAGCUGCUGGAAAAGUGGGAGGCAUGUUCCCACGACCUCCGGCGUGCAAAGCGAAAAGAUCACUUAAAGACUUGGGCCUGCCUUUUCGUUUUUCGCUUUGUAAAGAUGCUGUACCUCUAAAACGUUGAAUAAUACUCCGUAUGGUAUAUCGGCUUCUGUCCACCAUUUCACCAACCUCAGCUAAAUCGUACGCGUACGCCCUGAUUAUGCAAAUAUAAUAUUAUUUUCCGUUGAGAUUCGUUGGUUUCACAUUUUUUGCUGCCCAUUUUAAUAAAAUUGAAGCAAAUUUAACUAUAAAAUAAACGCACACUGAGUUUUGAAGUUUGAUUCUUUACAACAACACAUUUGCUUAUGUAUAAUUAACGGUACUUUAAAAAAGAGUAGCCAUAAAUAAUAAAAAUCAAACUAAGUUGCCUGAUUUUAUAGGGUGUGCCAAUACUUUUGUUUCGCUAUAAUUAGUACUUUUUUUCUUUUAUAAUUACUAUUAAAUAAAUAUAUGAGAUAAUUAAAUGAAUUAAAGGAAAUAUAAUUGAUAAUUACUUGUCCUAACUAAGGAUUUUACUUUGGUAUACAAAACAUAUUUUAUAAGUGGUAAACAAGAGUGCUAAAGUCAAGGUAUCUUGCUGUACAAAUACACCGCCGAGGAAAUUCACUGCAACGUGAAACACAUGACAAAGAAAUACAGAGAGGAGAAAACCAAAAUUGGCCCUUCUGGUGGUAGUCCCUCGCCUUGGAGGCAUUAUAAUGCUGUGCAUCGCAUAGUAGGGCGUACUGCCGUUAAUACGGCUUUGUACAUAGAGAUAUAUUCCGAGAAUUCAACAUUAACCCAAUUGUUGCCGCCGUCCGACCCAUCACCUCCGUUGCCAUCGCCAUCAAGUCCGCUGCCAUCGCCAUCAUGUCCGCUGCCAUCACAAUCAUGUCCGAUGCCAUUACCAUCACCUUCAUCUGCAACAAGAAAAUGUAAUUUUAGCGCCGAGUUGUUAAAGGUUUUAAAUAAACAAACUGACAUAUUGGAAACGGUUGCAGAUGAAACAAUGCACGUUUCAGAGGAAAUAAUUCAGACUGUUCGACAGCCCAAAAUUUGCCCGAAAGCGUUAUAACCCUUAUGGAGAAAAUUGCAGAGAAACUCUAAGUUUAAAAUAAUUUCAUUGUUUUUUUCUAGUUUGAAAUGUUUUGUUAUCCAAAAAAUAAAAAAUGAAAUUAAAUAAUUUUAGGGUUUUUUCUAGUCCUAAACCAUUAUU